AUGAAGCGGCAGAACGUGCGGACUCUCUCCCUCAUCCUUUGCAUGUUCACCUACCUGCUGGUGGGCGCCGCCGUCUUCGACGCGCUCGAGUCCGACUUCGAGACCUCCCGCAAGCGAUUGCUGAACUCCAAGCGCAUGGAACUGAAGAGCAAGUACGGCAUGAGUGAGGAGGAUUACAAGGAACUGGAAUGGGUAGUUCUGCAAAGCGAGCCGCACCGCGCCGGGCACCAGUGGAAAUUCGCUGGCUCCUUCUACUUUGCCAUCACCGUGAUCACCACCAUAGGUUAUGGUCACGCUGCCCCGGGUACUAACGCCGGCAAAGCCUUCUGCAUGUUCUACGCGGUGCUGGGGAUCCCGCUGACGCUGGUGAUGUUCCAGAGUCUGGGCGAGAGGAUGAACACCUUUGUUCGCUACCUGCUGAAGAGGAUAAAGAGAUGUCUGGGAAUGAAGAACACAGAGGUAUCUAUGGAGAAUAUGGUCACGGUGGGCUUCUUCUCCUGCCUAGGAACGCUGUGCAUCGGCGCCGCGGCGUUUGCCCACUUUGAGGACUGGACCUUCUUCCACGCUUACUAUUACUGCUUCAUCACUCUCACCACCAUCGGCUUCGGAGACUUUGUGGCCCUGCAGAAUAACGAGGCCUUGCAGAAGAGACCCCCCUACGUGGCGUUCAGCUUCAUGUACAUCCUGGUGGGCCUGACAGUGAUCGGAGCCUUCCUCAACCUGGUGGUCCUGCGCUUCCUCACCAUGAACUCCGAGGACGAGAAGAGGGACGCGGAGGAGCGUGCCAGCAACAAGGAGCACUUGGCUAUGACGGUGGGAGAGGACGCCCAGGGCAGGAGCGCCUCACUGCUGCCGGGGGAGGCGAGCCGAAGUAGGAGCAACCUGAUACCACUGAUAGCAGCGGAGGCGGGGGUCGGUCGAGGGAGCCCACAGGAACCCGUUUCAGACGCUGAAUCCCUCUGCUCCUGUAUGUGCUAUCGGUCCCAGCGCGGCGACAGUCCCGCCGGCUCCUUCAGGGCUCAUUCCAACCCUGUCUACUUCAACUCUAUCUCCUACAAGGUGGACGAGGAAGUGUCGCUGAGCGCGGGCGACAGGCUUGUCCUCUCCUCCCCGGGCAGCCACUGCUCGCUGGGGUUUCCUGCCUCUGCCCAGUCCCGGCGCAGCCGGCGGAGGUCGGUGUGAUCCCAUUGCAUGCGCAUCCUUGCUGGAGAUUGCUCAGUGCAUUGGCAGCAACCGCAUGGCGCCCAGUGCCAAAGGAAACCAAUAAAUAGCAUGGCUAUUGCACACAGCGCUCGGUAAAGCCCGGCUGUGCUACCGGGCGACAGGGAUGCCCGGAGAGAAUGGCCAGAACGUGCAAAGCGGCACACACCUCCAGACCCAGCCGGGAGUCACGGAGGUGAACCCUCAUCUUUCUAGUCCGAGAAGAGGUUGAGACGAACUUUCCUGUGACCAGACUUGUGAAUUACCCGAUUAGACGGCGCGGGUCCGAUGAUAAUCCACGGUUCACGUGGUUUCCGCCCAGCAUCGACGCCUGUGCUUCGGUUUACACGUGGUGGGAGCCGAUGG